CUCGCAGCUUCUCCUCUCGUUGCCGCUCACGGCAAGAUCGCCGUCGCUACUGGCGAUGCUGGCGGCAACGGAACUGCCCUCGGUAUCCAGGGCGGUGUCAUUCCCGGCGCCGGCAAGAACAAGGUCACUGAGCCCGACACCACUGUGUUCAAGGGUGACGCAGCGGAUGCCUGCGGCAAGACCGAGGGCCAAGGAACCAACGACAUCGAGGCCGGCACCCAGUCUGCCAUGGCCCUCUCUGGCUCUACUCUUCCUCAGGUCAGCCCCGGCGGCUCCGUCUCUGGCACUCUCCACAUUGUCACCUCGGACGGUGCCGGCCCCUACAAGGCCAUGGUCAACGCUGAUGGCACUGGCACAACCUGGACGGAGAUGGAGGUCGAGACUCAGGUCCCCGGCACCAACGGCAACAUCAAGAAGACCGAGAAGCGCUUCUGGGCCCGCGCCCUCCAGGCUGUCGGCAUCAUGAAGCGUGCCACCAACAUCAACGAGGACUACCCCUUCAAGGUCAACAUGCCCGCUGGCACCUCCUGCACGGGAACCAUCGCCGGCCAGGCCAACACCUGCAUCGUCAAGCUGGUCAACCCCAGCAACGCUGGCCCCUUUGGCGGCUGCGUCCCCGUCCAGAUGACCGGCGGAAACGCUACUGCU